AUGUCGUGGUCCUCUACGCAGCAAGAGGCCGAGGGAGUGGCCCCGAUCGCGCAGUCAUGGCAUCAAUUCGAGCCAACGAUCAACACUUGGGAGAUAGUUGAAACCCACGACGUCAACAAUCCUCCCCCAUCCGCACCUCAAGAUACUACCGAAAUAAGCCCUCAUUUUGUUCUCGCCACGUGGAACGUGGAGGCGUUUGAUCAAGAGCCUGCCCGCCGCAUCACCGCAAUUCUCGACCAUCUUCUGAACCACUCGCCCUCACCCGAUAUAAUCUUCUUCCAAGAAGUGUCGACAACGAUGCUUAGUGCGUUGCUGAACAACAGCAUAGUUCGCGACAAUUGGUAUUCCAGCGAAAAAGACUCACGAAACUGGAUAGGCGCUCCUCUCACCGCUUUCGCUACAAUGACUCUCCUAUCCAAGGCCAAAUUUGGUCACAUCGGCAGGGCAGCUCUGGCGGGUCUAGGACGGGUCUCGCGAAUCAAGUAUCGAUCUUUCUACAGACGGGACGCACUGUGCAGUGAGGUGUUUGUACCAUCGCGGCAACCGGGGGCUCAGAUGACUGCGUACAAGCGGCUCCAACUUGUCAACGUGCAUUUGGACUCCCUAUCAAACGGGGCGGCAUGUCGCCCAGCGCAACUGCAGUGCGUUGGAUCACUUCUACACGACGUUGGCCAUGGGCUGGUAGCGGGAGACUUCAAUCCUGUGACUCCACAUAUCGAUGCAAGCCUGGUGGAAGACAAUGGCCUCCUCGACGCGUGGAAGGAGUUGAAAGGCGAGGAGACUGGAUACACGUGGGGAGUUAAUGGUACCGAAAGAUUCCCCGCGAACCGGAUGGACAAGGUUGCAAUGGUGGGGCUCAGACCACUGCAUAUUGAAGUUUCGCACCCGAUGCAGGUACUUCUACCUGGCGAAGAUGGCUCUGUUCCAUGGAGCGACCACUCCGGACUUAAGUGUACUUUCACGCUUGCCUCACCUUGA